AUGGUAGACUCUCGCGCCUCGCGUCCCAUGGAGGACUUCUUCCUCAUUCCCACCGUCAAUCUUUCCCACCUCACGCCUGACAACAUGUCGCUCGACUGCCCAAGCCCCCUCGGCCAACAACGCGACUACUUCACGCACCACUCCACACUCGCCGCCCCAUCCAAGUCGACGCCCUCAGUUGCAGACCUCAACCGCAAGUCCACCAUGUGGUCCAAUGGCUACGCCUCCGAUGAAGAAGUCGCCUCGCCAAUCGACGACGACAUGAGCAUCCGCUCCGGCAGCUCGGUCAGCAUCGGCAGUAUCAUCUCAUUGCACGACCAACCCUCCGACAGUUGCAACAAGAUCGAGCAGCGUUGCAACCACGCACAGGCCGUCAGAAUUCAGACCGUCGGCAAGCCCAAGGUCGUCGAACUGCCCAAGCUCGACCUUUCUUACCGACGCCGUCCGGUCCGUCCAGCAACUGUCUACGUCCAUCGAUCCAGUCGUCCCGUGAGCGCAAAGCAGCGGGAAUCAUCGGACGACGUUGGAAGCUCGCGUAGCAGUCACGACAGCCAGGACGAUGCCUCCAACGUGUCGAGCCCUCGCUCACCUGCCUCGACUGCCCCAAGCUCAAUCAGCGAAGAGCAGUCGCCUGAGCAGCCGCCGAAGCUUCCAAAACUGCAAUUGAAACGCAACACGACCAUCGGCCGCCGACAUGUCGACCUGCUUGAAGCAGCACGUUCGCCUACCUCCGUGCCGAGUUCUCCCAUGUUUCCUCGAUCUGUGGAUCAGUUUAGACGCCAGAGCACAGCAUUGAGCGAUCGUUGGUGCGCUCCAUCUUCGCCCAAGUCCCCAGCACUUCGCAAGAUGAAUAAGCUCUCGUCCGUAUUCGACUUCAGGACAAGCAAAACCUCCAACCCUAGCUCAGGAGACCUCGAGAGCGUCAAGGAACCGGAACCCUUCUACGUUGCAGCACAACAGACGCCGCAACUGCGACUUCCCCCUCGGCGUACGAGCUUGCAGCCCAAGCUGAUCGCACGUGGAGCGAAUGAGCGCGAGCCUCCCAUCACACUUCCGCCCUUCCCGGAGGCAGCUGACAAGCCCAAGCAACUGGAACUUUCUAGGGCUGACUCUACUCGCUCGAUCAAGCGAAGACCCCUUGCUCGUGGACGAAGCUCUUCGAGUGCGGUUCCUGUGGCAGAGGACUUCACAGGACUCCGCAUUUGA